AUGAGUCCACAGUACAAGACCGUGAACGAGAAAGACUUGACGGCUAAGCACAAGACCAACAGUCAUGGCGGUCGUAUUAACAAUCCUUACGUCCAAAUCACUCCUCCCACCUCGGCUUCUGAUAAGAGGUCCAAGGAUAAGGUUCUUGAGGUGUUAAAUCGGUACGGGAAGAAGAUGGAGGACGUGACUCGUAAGGCGGAAGCAUUAGCCGACGGUUUAAAAGACCACCUGAAGUUUAGUCCAAGCAUAAGUGAUGCGGCAAUGGCUAGGCUUACCCAAGGCACUAAAAUGUUCGUUGAAGGAGGACCAGAGAGAGUGUUUCAAAGAGAGUUUGGUCUCUUAGCCGCAGAGAAACUCUUAGAUUCGUUUGUUUGCUACAUAUCAACCACUUCAGGACCAGUGACCGGAAUGUUAUACAUUUCGAAUAGAAGGAUCACAUUUUGCAGCGAUUAUGCCAUCCGUCUUCCUUUCUCCGCCGGUGGAAACGGUGUUGCCGCAUAUUACAAGGUGGUGAUGGAGUUGGAAAAGAUAAAGAGCAUUAGUUCAUCAACGAGCGUGUUAAAGCCAAAUGAGAGGUAUGUGCAUGUGGUGACGCAAGAUGGGUUUGAGUUUUGGUUCAUGGGCUUCGUCUCCUACGUCGAUGCUUUCAAUUGCCUCAACAAAGCUCUACUUAAUUCACAUCGUGAUCAUUCCAUGUAA